AUGCAGUUCUCUCUGAGCACCGUUGUCCUCGCCUUUUCCUCCCUGGCCGUGGCCCUGCCCCAGGUUGCUAAGCCCGAGUCUGGUCUUCGCACCCAGGAGCACGAUGGUGGCAAGCACUUCCCAAUCCCCGACUCCAUGACCGUCAAGGAGGCUCAGUCCAAGUGCGGUGACCAGGCCCAGCUGUCCUGCUGCAACAAGGCCACCUACGCCGGUGACACAACCGAUGUCAACUCAGGUGCUCUGGGUGGCCUGCUGAGCAACCUGGCUGGUGCCGGCUCUGGUGCCAAGGGCGCUGGCAUCUUCGACCAGUGCUCCAAGCUCGACCUCCAGAUCGCCAUCAUUGCUAUCCCCAUCCAGGACCUGGUCAACCAGCGCUGCAAGCAGAAUAUUGCUUGCUGUGCCAACUCGCCCUCCUCGGCCAACAGCGACGGUGUCGGUGUCGGUCUGCCCUGCGUUGCUCUCGGAUCCAUCCUGUAA